UGGUGACGUCAUGAGCAAAAUGGCCGGAGGAUGACCAUUGUUUUUUUAAAACGUUGGUGAUAAGUAAACAUUUUCUUUUCUUCACCUUGACUGUGUUUGAUCAUGACGAGGUUACAGUGUAAAUAUUAAUACAAGUCGAAACUUCAGAAUCCUCAAAUGGCACGUCUGUGUGAAUGUCGACGUAUAAGUCAUCGAGGAUAAAAUAAUUUAUUAGGUUAUUUGUGCAUAUUUUUGAGGCAGCGGUUGUAUGAAUUUUCACGGAAUCCAAAAUGAGUUCAAAGGAUGGUAUCUUCAGCUAUCAGACCCUUGUUCAUGCCGUUGCAGGGGCAACUGGUAGCGUCUUUGCGAUGGCCACAUUCUUCCCACUGGACACUGUGAGGUCACGACUACAGUUGGAAGAAAACAGAGCAGUAAAGAAUACAUUCACUACACUUGUUGAGUUGGCAGAAGAAGAGGGCUUCGCCACGUUGUACCGGGGUGUGGUGCCGGUGCUGGAGAGUCUGUGUGCUUCAAACUUUAUGUAUUUUUACACAUUUCAUGGGCUCAAAGCACUUCGGACAACAUCUGCCAAUCAGAAUGCCAGAAGAGACCUUCUCUUGGCAUCAGUAGCAGGUAUUGUGAAUGUAUUCACAACUACGCCUCUCUGGGUUGUGAAUACUCGCCUAAAGAUGAAAGGGCUCAGCUCCAGAACUGGGAACAGAGCAACUGAACAUGUGGCAGAUCAGUAUAGUGGCCUGUUAGAUGGCUUGGUCAAGAUGGCACAGCAGGAGGGUGUAACCAGCCUGUGGAAUGGCACCAUACCGUCUCUUAUGCUAGUGUCAAAUCCAGCAAUACAGUUCAUGACAUACGAGGCAAUUAAGAGAAGGCUGCAGGCUGCAUAUGGCAACCAGCAGCUGUCUGGUCUGGUUUAUUUCCUUGUAGGUGCUGUGGCUAAGGCUGUAGCCACUGUGAUCACCUAUCCUCUGCAGCUUGUCCAGACAAAACUAAGGCAUGGACACAACUAUCAGGACCUUCCUCAAAGUGCUGGAACAAUUAGACUUGCACUCUAUAUCCUGAAGAAGUAUGGUGUUGCCGGCUUGUACAAAGGCAUGGAAGCGAAACUCCUGCAGACGAUCUUGACUGCAGCCCUCAUGUUUGCAGCUUAUGAGAAGAUUGCAAACUUUGUAUUCAGACUCUUACUGAAUCAGCAAAAAAUAUCUUCAAAGCUGCGUUAAUUUUAAAUUAAUUUUAUGUUCCUUAGUGUAGUAUUGUAAUCAGGCCAGGUUUAGAAAAACUUUUUUUUUAAGGAAAUUGUUUCAUUUCCUAAGUUAUUAUCUCUGCAGAGAUGUUUGGUAGAAGGUCCACACACAAUGGAAGUGUCAUUUGUACUGGUUGAAAACUUGUUUAACUUUCCGUGUUUCACUUUUCAUCAUACUAAACACUGUCAUAUGGUGAUUUUCAUUUGGUAGGACCAGCUGACUGACUGACUAACCACAUAGAGCAGAACCCUUCCUGAACACCUAAUACUUGUCAGCUAAUCAAGAAAUUCCUCCUAUAUAUAGAACCUGAAGGUUUAUUAUAUCAAUCAUAGGAGCCCACUGUUGGUCCCUGUCAUGAGCCAUAUGAAUCCAGUUCACACACACACCCAUCAUAUUUCUCUAAGAUCCAUUUUCAUAUUGUCUGCACCUGAAACUUGUCAGUUGACUCUUCUGUCCCAUGGAUGUCACGGGUCCCACCCACCUCAUCAUCCUUGAACUGACUGUCAUAAUAAUAUUGGGUAAAAAGUACAAAUUCUGAAGCUCUCCACUGUGUAAGUUAGUCUCACCACUCGCAGACACUUUUAAUGUGUGUGAAACGGAAUUUCACAUCCA